UUCGCAAACAAAAUGCCCAUACCUGUUACGCCUCUGUUCAUCGACGGCCAGGAGCGACCCUCUAGCACCGGCGCGUCGUUCGAGGUGCGGAAUCCCUACUCUAAUGAGGUAGUCGGCCGUGCUGCGGCGGCAUCUAGUGAUGAUUGCCGUGAUGCUGUCGCCGCUGCGUCUCGAGCAUUCGCAGCCUGGGAGCAGACACCACCGGUCAUGCGGGCUAGCAUCUUCCUCAAAGCCGCUGACAUCCUCGAAACGGCGGAAUACAGGGAGAAGCACACAGUAGCUGUGAAGGACGAGCUCGCCGCUGCGGAUGCCAUUAUUGGAGGGGACUUCAUGGGAUCCAUCAUGUCUAUCCGCGAGACCGCUGCAAUCAUCGCUGAGCUGAAGGGCGACAAUGCACCGUCGCUGCUUGCCGGAGGAUACGCCGUAGUCCAGCGCCGAGCUAUGGGAGUGAUCUUUGCGAUUUCUCCGUGGAACGCGCCACUCGCGCUCAGUAUCCGUGCCUGCAUCGUCCCUAUCCUCUGCGGUAACACUGUGGUUCUGAAAAGCUCCGAGGUAACUCCGCGGACCCAAGCGUUGGCCGUGGAGGCUGGCUUACCAAACGGAGUGCUCAACCUCAUCAGCACAGCCAAGUCAGAAGCGCCUGCAAGAGUGGCCGAGAUUAUUGCACACCCAGCUGUCCGGAAGAUCAACUUCACAGGCGGCCCCAGAGUCGGACAAGCGAUCGCAGUCGAGGCUGCACGGCACCUGAAACCGUGCGUCCUCGAGCUCGGUGGAAAGGCUGCGGUAGUGGUCCUGGAGGACGCCGACCUUGAAACCGCCGCGAAGGCCAUCGUCUUCGGAGCGCUGUUGAACUCAGGGCAGAUCUGCAUAUCGACCGAGCGCGUCAUCGUCCAGCGGAGCGUCGCCGCCCAACUCUUGACAGCCGUUAAGAAGCAAUUCUCCGAGUUGAGGGCAGGAGGUCCGGGGUGCUCGCUUGGUCCUCUGUUCUCGGAGGCGUCCGCGGAGCACGUCGUCGGCCUCAUACGCGAUGCCCAGAAUGCGGGUGCUGAGGUACUCCUCGGAGACGGUAAGCGGGAUGGUGCAGUGGUUCAGCCGCAUAUCGUCGCGAAGGUGACGCAGGACAUGAAGCUGUGGCAUAACGAGACGUUUGGUCCUGUUGUCGUGUUCGUCGAGGUAGACAGCGUCGACGAGGCGGUCGAGAAAGCGAACGACACCGAGUACACGUUGAUGGCUGCCCUGUGGACCGAGAACGUUCAUACCGCCUUCAACGUCGCCUCGCGCAUCAGAGCAGGCACCAUCAACAUCAACGGACAGAGCGUAAGCUCCGACAGUCGAUUGGGUGGGCUUGGUGGCCCAUCGGGCUAUGGCCGAUUCUCCGUGGCGGAAUUCACGGAUACCAGAAAUCUCUUCUUCCAUCCUUCCAAGCCCAUGAUUUAUCCCCUGUAG